AGGAGGAGACAUGGGGGAACUUUAUAAUCAGGUAGUUUAUUGAACUUAUCACACAAAACAUUGAGGCAUCUUAACAGCUUGCAGAGACGUUUAAAAGAAUAAAAAAAGAUACAUGCUGAAAUAUAGAAGAUGCCAGGACUGUUAUCAGGAUUGGCAGGACUCUAAAAUACCUGUAGGUAUUAUUGGCCCAAGAUGGCGGUGUGGCUAAAGCUUGCUGUGGCUGCUUUGGAUCCAAAAUGUGCUUCAUUGAUACUAUUUACACAAAUUGCUGAUAAAAACAGUGCAUACAUAUAGAGGAUUUAUAACUGUAUGGACAAAUUCAUUUGCAUUGCAUUCAUUUGCAUAUUACACCUCUACUGUACUGACGUGUGAGAACUGUUCUUCAACAUGGAAGAAGAGACCCAUGAAAGCCCAUUUGUGCCUAGAAGAAAUACACGUUUAAGUUCAUCCAUGAAUGCCACCCGCCGCUAUGGAUCCAUAUUCAGAGAGCCGGAAGAGAACCAACCACUGACCACUAUUAGAAACGACAUCACACCCUCUAGCCGCAGAUCUUACAUUGCCGUGGCUGUGCUGUGCUAUGUAAACCUGCUCAACUACAUGGACCGCUACACGAUCGCAGGAGUUCUGUCUAGCCUCCAGAAAUACUUUGACAUCACUGACAGCACAGCUGGACUAUUACAGACAGUUUUUAUCUGCAGUUUCAUGCUGCUGGCUCCUCUCUUUGGGUACCUUGGAGACCGCUAUAACAGGAAGAUGAUCAUGGUGGGUGGGAUGAUCACAUGGAUUGCUAUAACACUUGGCAGCUCUUUCAUCACGGCAGAGUACUUCUGGGUGCUGGUCCUAAUGCGAGCCUUGGUUGGCAUUGGUGAGGCCAGUUACUGCACCAUAGCUCCGACCAUUAUCGGAGACCUGUUCACUGGCCCCAAAAGAACCCUCAUGAUUUCCUUCUUUUAUAUUUUCAUCCCUGUAGGAAGUGGUCUUGGGUACAUUCUAGGAGCCACGAUUGCUACUGCUACAGGAGACUGGCGUUGGGCCCUCAUGUUGAACCCGAUUCUGGGGGUACCAGGGGUGCUCCUACUUCUGUUUCUGACCCCCAACCCUCCACGUGGAGCGUCCGAAACCAAUGGAGAAAUGUGCAUAGAGCACACGUCUUACCUUGAGGACGUCAAGUAUCUAUACAAGAACCGGAGUUUUGUGUGGUCCACUCUGGGUGUGACUGCCAUGGCUUUUGUCACGGGUGCUUUGGCUUUCUGGACACCUACCUUCAUGUCUCGUGCUCGAGUCAUUCAAGGCAUCAGUAAUGAGUGUGCUACAGAACCAUGUGACCCUUCAGACAGUUUCAUCUUCGGGGGAAUCACGGUGGUGACGGGUUUUGGGGGCGUUUUAAUAGGCUCCUUAAUAUCCAAAAAGCUGAAAGACAGAGUGGCCAAUGCUGACCCGCUCAUCUGUGCUGUAGGAAUGCUCAGUUCUUCUCCCUGCUUGUUCAUUGCCAUGGUCCUGGCAUCCACCAGCAUUCCUGCAACAUAUACUUUUAUUGGUAUUGGAGAAAUCCUACUUUCACUGAACUGGGCCAUUCUAGCUGACAUCCUACUGUAUGUUGUUAUACCAACCCGAAGAGCAACAGCUGAAGCUUUACAAAUUUUAACAUGCCACGCACUUGGCGAUGCUGGAAGUCCAUUCCUCAUUGGCAGAAUCUCAGAUUCUCUGAGAAAACUUAAACCUGACUCUUUGGACUGGAGGUUCCAAAGUCUGGAGUACAGCAUCCUCGUCUGCCCUUUCAUCUGCGUUCUGGGAGGCGUUUUCUUCCUUUUAACUGCCCGUUAUAUCAAAGAGGACAGGAAAGCUGCAGAGAUGCUGACAAAAGGAGAAACUUCAGCCAAAGCUGAACUCUUCACAGACUCAGCCUGACCUAAGAGCGCACACACACACACACACACACACACACACACACACACACACACACACACACACACACACUGCCGAAGACAAAGGUAAACGACUGAAGUUCAUAGGACUUGCUCUGUAAAUACUGCAGUGAUUUACUUUUUAAAUGCUUUUAAUACUAUUUUAUUAUUUUCUUUUUUAAUGUACAGUUGUGCAGUUUUGUACAAUACAGCUAUGACAAAUGGCUUUCUACUUUCUAUCUCCAUACAAUACUAUAUUAUAUUAUAGUAUAGUAAUUGUAUACUACGACAAUACUAUAGAAAUGAAACUUGGAUAUAUUUUAGAGUAAUCAAUGUCAGCUUUUAUAGGAGUAUAGAUUUACUGUCCUCUAAAAAUAACAACAUACAGCCAUUAUUGUCUAAAUAACUGGCAACAAAAGCAAGUACAACCUAAGUGAACAUGUCAAAACUGUGUCCAAAGUGUCAA